UCAUUAGUGGAUCAACAGUAAUUAACAAAAAUGGUUUCAAUUACAGAGAUAUUGAUGCAGUGUCUUGUAUGCAACUGAAUGGGUAAAUGAUUGUAUCCGUGUGUGCCUGUGCAUAUCCGCGUGUGUGGGUGUCACGCUUGCGCCUCACCUGUGUGAGGGAGUUGACUGAUAAGAUGUCAUUGUUCAAGGCCCGGCAGCCUGCGUGUCAUAAAAAAUAAAAAAAAAAGGGUUUUGCUCGAGGAGCGGCAUGACUGAGUGAGGAGGCAGCAGUGCCUGAUCGAGAGGGAUUCGAACUAGAGAGGCGCAUUACUGCAACUCGGCGAGGAACAGGAUAGGGGGCUCGAGCUGGGAGUCACCAAGUAGUCAUUGCUAGCUGGUUUGCUAGCCGCUAGGUCCUUGUCAUAUCACCACUAUAUUUGCAAAAUGAGGGUAAAAAUUGGAUUUAUUCUGCGCAGUAUAUUAGUCAUUGGCACCUUUUUAGGUUUAGUUGUACUCUGGUCUUCCCUCUCACCUAAAACAAGCGAUGAACCGUUUGGUGCUAAAGUGGAAUCCAGGGAGGCUGUGCCCCAAAAAAACGAGGCUGUGGGAAACCAAUUCAAGCCAGUGGUGCCCUGGCCACAUGUGGAGGGUGUGGAGGUUGACUUGGACUCCAUCCGGCAGAAGAAUGGUGGGGACAAGCCACGAGCUGAGGCACCUAACCAGCAGAAUGUCAUCCAGAAACAAUAUGUCACCUUCCAUCCCCACACCCAUGCCUACUCGAACCCUGUGCUCAAGCGGGGCGCCCUGGGCAACUUGGAGCCCAAAGAGCCAGAGCCCGAGGGGAUACAGGGUGGACCUGGGGAGGGGGCCAAGCCGUUUGUGCUGGGAGCAGAGUACAAGUCAGCCAUACAGGCCAGCGUCAAAGAGUUUGGUUUCAAUAUGGUCGCCAGUGACAUGAUCUCGCUGGACAGGACCAUCAAUGACUUGCGGCACGAAGAAUGUAAGUACUGGCACUACGAUGACAACCUGCUCACGUCCAGCGUCAUCAUUGUCUUCCACAAUGAGGGCUGGUCCACCCUGAUGAGGACUAUACACAGCGUCAUCAAGAGGACCCCCCGCAGGUACCUGGCCGAGAUCGUCAUGAUCGACGAUUUCAGCAACAAAGUUCAUCUAAAGGAGCGUCUGGAGGAGUAUGUAAAGCAGUGGAAUGGCCUGGUUAAGGUGUUCAGGAAUGAGAAAAGAGAGGGACUGAUUCAGGCCAGGAGCAUUGGUGCUCGCAAAGCUACUCUGGGCCAGGUGCUCAUCUACCUGGACGCUCACUGUGAGGUGAGUAUCAACUGGUACGCUCCACUGGUGGCCCCCAUAUCCAAGGACAGAACGGUGUGCACGGUGCCUCUCAUUGACUCCAUUCACGGCCAGACAUUCAUCAUUGAGCCUCAGGGGGGAGGGGACGAGGAUGGCUUUGCCAGAGGAGCAUGGGACUGGAGCAUGCUCUGGAAGCGCGUGCCGCUCACUAACAGGGAGAAGCAGAAGAGAUUAACUAGAACCGAACCCUAUCGGUCCCCUGCCAUGGCCGGCGGGUUGUUUGCCAUCGAGCGAGAGUUCUUCUUUGAGCUGGGUCUGUAUGAUCCAGGCCUUCAGAUCUGGGGAGGAGAGAACUUUGAGAUCUCAUAUAAGAUCUGGCAGUGUGGCGGCCAGUUGCUCUUUAUCCCCUGCUCUCGUGUAGGACACAUCUACCGUCUGCAGGGUUGGGAGGGCAAUCCACCCCCUGCUCAUGUGGGGUCAUCUCCAACACUGAAGAACUAUGUGCGUGUGGUGGAGGUGUGGUGGGACGAGUAUAAAGACUACUUCUAUGCCAGCCGGCCAGAGACUUUAACACUAGCCUAUGGCGACAUCAGUGAGCUCCAGAAGUUCAGAGAGGAACACCGAUGCAAGAGCUUCAAGUGGUUCAUGGAGGAGAUUGCCUAUGACAUACCCACAUUCUACCCUCUGCCUCCCAGAAAUGUGGAUUGGGGCGAGAUUCGUGGGUUUGAAACCAGCUACUGCAUAGACAGCAUGGGUCACACAAAUGGAGGAAAUGUGGAGAUAGGGCCUUGCCACCGGAUGGGUGGCAACCAGCUCUUUAGGAUAAAUGACGCCCAUCAGCUGAUGCAGUACGACCAGUGUUUGACAAAAGGCACAGACGGGUCUGCUGUAAUCAUCACACACUGCAACAUGAAUGAGCACACAGAGUGGAGGUAUUUCAAGGAUCUUCACCGUUUCACACAUGUUCCUACUGGGAAGUGUUUAGACCGCUCUGACGUCCUGCACAAGGUGUUCAUCUCUGACUGUGACAACAGCAAAACUACCCAGAAGUGGGAAAUGAACAAUAUUGUUGCUGUCUGAGAACAAACACAGCUUGUGACAGGAGUGCAAUUGUGACUUUUCCAAGCGUUUCUCUGAACGUUGGAACAAAUGGAUUUUUAUAUGUAAUUAUGAAUACGAAGGUGUAAAUACUAUGAUAGAGGACUGGACUGUCUCCAUCCUAACCUGACUCAAAAUGCUGAUCAUGGGGAUGUCAACUCCAUUCUUCUCUCACUGUAGAUGUUUACAUUCAAAAUGCACUCCUCCACGCCAUAUUUUAAUCAAAGGAUUUUCUUUAUUUUUAUUCUGUGGAUUUCCCAGGGUCUUUCUAUCUUUUUGUCUCAAUUUGGAAGGUUAUAGUGUUUUGACUUGUGAUUCAGAACCACUUCCAUUUGUCCCGCUGUUCAUCACUGGAUAAAGCGACGAAGAGUGUUUUUGGAAUUCAUUUUUUUCUUAACUCUCCUUACCUGAAAAACUUAACACUGGAUUGCUAUAAGGACUUGACAUUGUUGGUCGUUGGCACAGUGAAACUCCAGAGCUUGAAACUGAACUCUUCUCUCUAUUUUAGCUGUGGUAAUCAUUGAAAUCAAAACAUGGAAAUCAUAGGAUUACUUACUUUUUGAUCGCACAAUAUUGAGCGUUUGGGUGUUAAGUUUGAGUAGUUGAUUCAACAUACAUUUGACAGUGAUUAUGCCUUUGUGAAAAAAUAUGCCAUGCAGUUGAACUUUUCCAAUGUAAGGCUGGCUGUGUCUGCUGCUUUUGUACAAUGUAAAUAGAUUUCUAAACUUAUGAAAGUGGAGCCUUUCAAUGAAGGUGUAAAUAUCUAACUUAUACAAAUUAUAUGUUGGCUCGGUUUUCUCAAAUAAAUUGAAUCUUUUUACCUA